UCACUAAGAAAUGGUGUAAACAUUUUUAUAAAAAGUACAUUCACAUUAUAAGACUUGAGUAAAAAUACUGCCACUAAAAGCCGAGAGUUGUGGCCAUCACGUGAGGAGAAUAUUCCUCCCGGACACCUCUGGAAGGCAGCAAAGCUAAACAAGAUGGAAUGAGCGCAAAAUACACCAGAAGAAGAAGGAGCAGGAGCGAGAGAGAGAGAGAGAGAGAGAGAGGGAGGAGAAUAUGAACGGAAAAGUCAUAGAAGGACACGGAAGACAGAAAAAAACUAAUUGCCUGAAAUUGAAGUCACAAGUUGUCACGCGUGCAUCAUACCCACACGGGCGGCGGGUCGUUGCUCCGUGCGCACUUUACGCAGCGCUGCGUCACUCUCUCCAAACUGUUACCCACGACGGCUCGAGUUCACAUGGACUCCUGCGGGUCGCCAGUGAAUCCGUGUGGUUCCAAUGAGAGGACGCAGUGAGUGAGUUUGUACUGGGACCAGUGAGAAACCAGCAUGGCAGACAGGAGGACUUUCAACGUGGUGAUUCUGGGUGUUGGAUUUCUGUUCAUUUUUACCGCCUUUACCACCUGUGGCAACGUUGAACAAACUGUAGUGAAAAGCCUGCGGAAUGUGACCUUGGGCGGGACCGGGUACCACAGCCUGGGGAUCAUCUAUGGAGUCUUUUCCUUCGCCAAUUUACUGGCCCCAGCCGUGGUGGCGGUAAUUGGACCGAGGGUCACCAUGAUUCUGAGCGGCCUGCUUUACAGUGGGUACGUCGCCGUGUUCAUCAUCCCUUCCACGUGGUCCUUUUAUCUGACCUCCGUGCUCCUCGGCGUGGGAGCCGCCCUGCUGUGGACAGCUCAAGGACACUUCCUGGUGGAGAACUCGGAGGCCUCCACCAUCAACAGGAACACGGGGAUGUUCUGGGCCCUCCUGCAGUGCAGCAUGUUGUUUGGCAAUCUUUACAUUUAUUUGGACUGGAAUGGAAAGACGGAGAUAUCAGACAGCAGCAGGAAGAACCUGUUCCUGUCGCUGCUGGUGGCCUCGGCGCUCGGCACACUCAGCUUCCUCGCGCUGAGGAGGAGCCGCGGAGACGAAGACGAGCUGCUCUCCGAAGAGGAAGGGCAGUCGCUGCUCUCCACCCGCGUGAUAUACGAGCACAGAGCCAACGCUGCCAUGCGGGAGGCCAAGUCCGAGUUCAAAACCAUCCUGCAGCUGCUGAGGACGCCGACCAUCCUGCUGCUGAGUCCCUGCAUGGCGUACAGCGGCCUGGAGCUGUCGUUCUACAGCGGCGUGUACGGGACCUGCAUCGGAGCCACGGCGCAGUUCGGGGACGCGGCCAGAGGCCUGAUCGGGAUCUCCGGCAUCGUGGUGGGCGUCGGGGAAAUUGUGGGCGGGGGCCUGUUCGGGUUGCUGUGCACCAACAACCGCUUCAGACGGACCUCGGUGGUGUUCCUGGGGAUGGUCGUCCACUUCGUCGCCGUCUACCUGAUCUUCCUCAACAUCCCGGACGACGCCCCCGUGGUGUUCGCCACCGCCACCCGAGGCAAACCGUUCCUGACUCCCAGCGUGUCCGUCGCCCUGCUGUGCAGCUUCCUGCUGGGACUCGGGGACAGCUGCUUCAACACGCAGCUCUACAGCAUCCUGGGCUUCGUCUACGCCGAGCACAGCGCGCCCGCCUUCGCCAUCUUCAAGUUCAUCCAGUCUGUGUUCGCAGCGGUGGCGUUCUUCUACAGCGGCUACCUCCUGCUCAAGUGGCAGCUCCUGCUGAUGGUGGCGCUGGGCUUCGCCGGGACGCUGUGCUUCUUCGCCGUGGAGCGGACGCAGAGCUUCUCUGCAGACUUACAGGAGUAUUAAGACGCUCUCCACGUGGUCUUCGCUAAGGACACAGUUUUUACACAUUGGUCUCAUCGUAGGAUUUUAAAACACCCCCCUCGCCUUAUCGAGUUCUUAUUCGCUUUCAGCUCAGGUUUCUUAUUACAGGCAGUUUUGUAAUAUGUAAUUUAAAAUGAUGUUUUUUUUUUAAAGCUGUUCAGUUUGCCAGAAUGAAGUGAUGUAAUAUUGUUGUAAUAUUUCAGCCUGACAAUCAUUUUGUGCUUCCUCCAUCGUUGAAAAGUUAAAAAGAAAGUUUUGAGCAAUACUAUUUACUGUAAUAAACCGGUAAAGCUGUUGUAAAUGCUGUCAACUACCGAUCAUAAAAGGUUCAAUCUGUAAAUAAAGGUGAAAGGAGA